AUGAUGAUAAUACUUAUAAUGAUGAUUUUUUGUUGGAAAAGAAUCUUUCGUAAUCGUUCACCGGUUUUUCCAUAUAAAAACUCAUCAGUUGCUUUUAUAACUCAAGCAUAUCGUCAACAAGGGCCUUAUAGAACAGUUUGGGCAUCACCACAAAUUAGCCAAUUACCACCUCCUUAUUAUUCAGUGACGAAUAAUGCAACAAUUCCACCAUCUGUGUUCUAUACAAAACAGUGA